AUGUUUGUUCUGUUUCUACUGUGCAUAGUCUUUCUGGUCUGCCUGAGUAAGGAGCCUUCAGUGAUGUGUUAUAAAUGUAGAAAAUAUCAUCUUGGCAUAUGCUAUGAGGCCAUGAGGUCCUGUGUCCUGAAGUACCAACAGACCUGUGCUGUUAAGAACAUUUACUUACUUACACCAAAAGGGCGGAGUAUGUAUUUUUAUUCAAUACUGUCAUGUAUGGCCAACUGUGAGGACAUCAACUUCUUAAGUUUUGAUAAGAGGACAGAGCUCAUCUGUUGCAAAAAUAAAAACUACUGCAACCUCCCUGAGGGAGUAUAG